AACCAUAUGUUUGAUCAGUGCAAGAUAUAAAUGAAAGUGACUAUACCCAACAUUAGUAACGGUACCAUGAAUGCAUAAAUGAGUUAUCUAUAUAUUAUAUAGCAUCAAACUGAAGCCCCACAUUAUAAACCACCACUUUUCAAUUAUAAGUUUGGGCCUGAUUAAAGAACCAACAACAGACCAACAGAACCAACAACAGACUACAUGACUGUGCUGACACUGAAUCAGCUGCACAAUUCAUCUAAUGCAAUUUUAGAAUACUUUCAUGACUGCAUAGUUUUAGCAACCAGGGAAUCAAAAGGUCAAAUAUGCAUCUGUACCAGCUUCUUUUGCAAUUACAUGAAAUAUAAGUGAAUCCCAUGAAAAGCGAUUCUCUUUAAGUAUAUCUCCUAUACAUCUAUUAACAGGUGCUGAUUCAAACAAAUGUCGUUUCAUUUUCUGGCUAUUAUCAAUAAACAGACAUGACUACAUUUAUCACAACAUAAAAAACAUAACAUUAAGGGGAUGCAGAUGAGGUGCCAGUGAUAAGAAGCUCAUGAUCAUCAGUAUAGAGUGUCAUCAUUGUGCCAAGAUUAAAGCGUUCUCUACAGUUUUAGAUGGAUGGAUGAAGUAUAUCAGUUUGGCAAAUGAUUCAAAAACACUUAUUUGAAAUCUAUCACUCCACUGUAAGCAAAAUUAUCUUCAAGUGGUGUAGAGUUUGAACGAAUGCCAAUGUGCUCACGGCGCACAUGACAUGAAUUAGCUGGUUGCUCCAGCUAAUUCAGAGAAAAACUGUGCAAAGGAAACGGGCCUCCAAGAGCCACAAACUUUAAUCCCAGGCUCUGCAGGGAACUCUUGCAUCUGGCGGUUUUAAGGCACAUGCAUUUAAAAAUCAGAGAGGGGAAAAAAAAUUUUUUUAAAUUACAGUUUGCCAGUUAGCCUCAUAUCAAGUGGAUAAGUGGAUCUGGCAUGUUGAGGCUUGGACUUGCAGUGACUAAGCCUGCAAGAGUGGUCUGCAUAUGUCUGUGUUACCUGACAAAGAAGAUUUUGGUGUUUUGGUAAAGCUUAAGCAGGAAAAACCCUUCAUUCAGCCAUGCAGGGCCAGAUCGCACACAGAUCUGCAGGCGGCUGGGACGUCCUCGCUAGAUGACAGCCUGUACAAAUCUUUCUCCAUGAGCAGCAGUAAUGUUAACAGAGGCAGCCGGUUCAAGAAUGGGGUAACGGAAGAAGUUAAAGUCCUCUCCAGGCCGUCCAGGAGGCCUGUGCGGGCGGUCAGGCCAGUCAGCGCCGUCAGCUCCAGUGGCUCCUUCCUCCAGCUCAAUCAUCUGCAGGGGGAGCUGGUCAGAAAGAGGAAGGAAUGUGAGGACCUGAAGAAAGAAAACAAGUAUUUAUCAAACGAGAUCCACAUGGAACGGAUUAUGAUGCGCACAGAGAGUGAGCUGACCAUGAGGAACCUCAGAAACUUGAACCAGGAGCUCCAGGCUCAAGUCAAGGAGCUGAAGCAGAAGCUGUACCUGAGCCAGCAAAGGUCGAUGUUAUGCUCGCGAGCUGCAGAUGAGGCAGAGGAGUCCAGGGCGGAGGCAGAGAAGAGCAGGGCUGUGGCUGAGGCUCGGGCCCUGGGCUUUCAGCGGGACAAGGAUGCAGCUGAGGCUGACAGGGGACGACUGAGUGAAGAGCUGCAGAAGCUUAAAAAGGAGCACGCGAACGUGCAGCUUUUACUGGCACAAACAGAGAAGAACUACUUUGAAAGUAAGCUGAAGUUGGAUCGUGUGUCUGGAGAGAAACAGGCCCUCCUGCAGGAGAGCAGGAGCCUGGAGGCAGACAGAGAUGACCUCCGACACAAGCUGAGGAAGAUCACCCAAGAAAAUGUCCAAAUUAAAGAGAGUGAGAUGAACUGGAAACGCAGAGCGACUGAAUCAGAAGAGGAGAGCAAAAGAGCUAACCAGGCUCGGCGGGAAGUCGAGGCAGAGAGGCAUCUGGCUGAGAAGGAGAGGCAGGAGAGAGUGGCCGAGUGCCUGAGCUGGAGGGAGAAGUACCAGGAGCUGGCUGACAUGUUUCAAGCUCAGGAAGACCUGAAGGCUCUGAGGCAGAAUAAAGCAUGUCAAGCCCACAUCAAAAGCUACUUCCUGUGCAUGACUGAAAGCGACCAGAGGGUUAAAAUCCUCAAAAAUCCAGAUGGCACUCCGAGAAAUUUCACAGAAGGAGAUCCUGUAUACAUCUCCACUCCAGAGUCCAGCGUUGAAGAGCCUGAAAGGAGUUCAUCUAGGACCAUGCUCAGGGUGACAGCUCCACACAUGGGGAGAGAUCUGGGUCCGAGUCACUUUGAUGAGCUGCCUGCCUAUGGAGGAGAGCGACCCGACUCAGGCCCUCUGCGCAGAAGCAGGAAGGUGGUGGAAUACUUUUGGAUUCCCACAGAUCAGGACUGACCACGAAUAUAACCAAAUGCUCCUGGGCACUUCACUGCAGUAGAGCUGCUGCUUGGAAGAUUCAAACUGUUGUUCAUGUGUGAAGUAUUUUACUGGACAGAUGGAAUAUGUAACCGUAAAGCAGAGUAAAUACAGGUAAACAGUAGGUGCUCAUGUACUGACUUUAUUGACAUUAAAGCAAUAGAGGUGCACAAUAAUUCUGAAUACCUUACAAUAAGACCCUAAUUGUAUGUCUUAUACAUAAUCAUGGCUUGAGAGUACAAUUCUUGGUUAAGCCUGAUGGUCAUUUGUUUAGCUUUGGGAGAAGGGAAAUCAAUUACAAUUUAUAGUUUGCCAAUUUAAAGAGCCACACAAAUGUAACAUUUUUUAUUAUUUUAAGACCUCAAUAUAAAAACCAACCUCAUCAGGGCCGCUUCAAAAUCUAGUCAACAUUACUCUUUUGAUAACUACACAUUUCAUCAUGUGGGUCAAAUUUCAAAAAAAAAAAAAUCCUUCUGAGAUGUUAACACUUGUAAAACAUGCAACGGCAUCAUUGUUAAUGUCUGCUUCAAUACAUUUAUUGUGCAAUUAGGCCAGGAUUAAACCAAAUACUUCAGCAUUUGCAUGGGCUCAAUAUUCUUCUUAGUGGAUUUCUUUAUCCCAGCACACAAAAAAAAAAAAAAAAAAA